AUAGUGAUUAUGCAUUUUUGUUGUUUUAGAACUCUAAGUCCUGUUUUUAAGAAUAUCACUUAGUGUCUAUGUACUGGUUAUUAGGGUUCUGUUCUUGUUGGCUUAAACAGUUUGAUUUAGUGUUCUGUGUGAAGUGCCUUGCUACUGAACAGAAAUGCUGAAGCUACCAUGUCAUUGAAGGGUCAGUGUUGGUUUCAACUUCUUGGACUAAGAGCUGUGUAUCACCAAUAAUGAGGCUUGUAAUUCUUGAUAACUACGACUUGGCCAGCGAAUGGGCAGCCAAGUACAUCUGCAAUCGCAUCAUAGAAUUCAAACCUGGACAGGACCGAUACUUUUCACUAGGUUUACCAACAGGGAGCACACCUUUAGGAUGUUAUAAAAAGCUAAUAGAGUACCACAAGAGUGGAAACCUUUCAUUUAAAUAUGUGAAGACUUUUAACAUGGAUGAAUAUGUUGGACUUCCAAGAAACCAUCCUGAGAGUUACCAUUCUUACAUGUGGAAUAACUUCUUUAAGCAUAUUGACAUAGAUCCCAACAAUGCUCACAUCCUUGAUGGCAAUGCUGCAGAUCUGCAGGCAGAGUGUGAUGCGUUUGAGGAGAAAAUCAAAGAAGCUGGAGGAAUCGAUCUUUUUGUGGGAGGAAUAGGUCCAGAUGGCCAUAUUGCUUUCAAUGAGCCAGGAUCCAGUUUAGUAUCAAGAACGAGAUUAAAGACUCUAGCAAUGGAUACCAUUUUGGCAAAUGCUAAAUAUUUUGAUGGAGAUUUAUCAAAAGUGCCAACCAUGGCUCUAACUGUUGGUGUGGGGACAGUGAUGGAUGCUAGGGAGGUGAUGAUCCUCAUAACUGGCGCACACAAGGCGUUUGCGCUGUACAAAGCCAUCGAGGAAGGGGUCAAUCACAUGUGGACUGUUUCAGCCUUCCAGCAGCACCCGCGAACUAUUUUUGUCUGUGAUGAAGAUGCUACUUUAGAAUUAAGAGUUAAGACAGUGAAAUACUUUAAAGGUUUAAUGCAUGUGCACAAUAAACUUGUGGACCCACUAUACAGUAUGAAAGAAGGGAACUGAAGAAGACAGAAUUCUGCUUGGAAAAAAAAAAAGAACCUUUCCAUAUUGAUAAAAUUUCAGCUUAUGCAAUAUGAUAAAAAUGGAGAAAUAGGAAGACUCAUUUACAAAGAAAAAGACCAGGGUGUGUUAAACAUUCCAUAUUUAGAAUGUGUCUGUUUUACACUAGGUUCUAGAAGUAAUUGGAUUCCAAAAUUGUCUGGCUGUUACAAAGUAUAGACCUAUAAACAGUAUAGCAGUGAAAGUGUGCAUUUUAAGAGAUUCUGCACUAUCAGGUCCUGUCAGUGACAUCAUGUCUGACUUUUCUGCAGACACUCCAAGCCUUUCCAGUGUCAUUCUGCUAUCAUUACAAACCAUCACUUUUGGAAUGGAUACUUUUUGUGCAUCAUACACAUGCUUUUUGCCUGUAGUUGCCUUAGUCAUCUUUCUGCAGUAGCGUCUGGACUUCACAAGUCCUGCUAUUCACUAAUGAAGGAAAUAUGAAGAGAUGACAGUGCCCUAAGUAGUUUACAUCCUUUCAGAAAGUAUGUGUAAAUGCAUGCUUCUAUGCACCUUCUUAUGUAGUACUUUUUUACAGAUAUGCUUAUUUUUAUUUAAUGACCUGGGUUAAUGCCCUUAAUAAGUAUAUUGGCAAUUAUGAGCUUUAUACCUAGCUACAAAUUAAAGGAAAUCCUUUUGAAAAACACUUUCUGAUUAUUGUUAAAUUUUAUAAGUCAUCCUUAUAUAUGUCUAAAGAGAUAUUAAGUAUGUACUAAAAUAAUUACUGUAAACAUUUAAAUUGCAAUAACUUGCAUAAUUAAGUUGCAAAUAAAAAUAUUGUUUUCUAUCUUUAAGACAAAGUUUACAAUAAAACAAUUAUCUCAUUUUCUUUCUAAAAGUGAAA